GAAAGGAUAUGGAUUAAGUUUAAUUUGAGUUAAUUAGAUGCUAGUAAGUUUUUGUAAUACAAUCUGUUUGAUGACUUAGUAUAAAAUUUUCUUUAUUACUAAAAGGAAAUGUGAGUAGACUAAUUCAAGAUUCUAACGUAGUAUUAUCUAGCAGAUAAUUUUUUUUUUUUUUUAAUUUCUAAAUUUUAUAUUUAAGCAAAUAUAAAUAAAAUCAUAAAGUGGAGUAAAGCAAAAGUUGAUUAACUCCCAGCCACCCGUGUCUAAACAAGUACAUUGGAAAGAGUCUGUUUGCAUGAUUCUUGAUGUUACUGCCAGCCACCCAAAUGGGGUCUCUGCAAACACCAACAAAUCUCAGCAACAAUUCAUGUUCAUGGGUGUCAGGGAGAGGGGUGCAGGGUUUGAGUGUGUUAAGGCAAAUGGGGUUUUUUUGUUUGUUGAAGGGACGAAAAAGCAGAAAGAUCCAAUCUUUGUGUGUUACAUGUUCUUUUAGUGGUGGUGCUCAAGAUGGUUCAUCAAUUGCAGAAAAUAAGAAAGUGUCAGAUGUUUUUCUUUUGGGACCUGAAAGAGAUGGUUCUGGCUCUGUUGUUGGUUUUCAAUUGAUUCCUCAUUCUGUUACAGGUGAUGCAACAGUGGUCGAGUCUCAUGAUAUUAUAGCCAAUGAUAUAGAUGACUUGAUUGAGGAUGCUGAAGAAAUGGAGGAAACCCCAACCAAAUUAACUUUCAAUAUCAUUUUUGUUACCGCUGAAGCAGCUCCAUAUUCCAAGACAGGUGGAUUGGGAGAUGUUUGUGGUUCUUUGCCUAUGGCAUUAGCUGCCCGGGGUCAUCGUGUAAUGGUUGUUUCACCUAUGUAUUUGACUGGAGGUCCUUCAGAUGAAAAGUAUGCCAAUGCUGUUGACCUUGACAUGCGGGCUACGGUCCACUGCUUUGGUGAUGCGCAGGAAGUAGCCUUCUACCAUGAAUACAGGGCAGGUGUUGACUGGGUAUUUGUGGAUCACCCUUCUUAUCACAGACCUGGAACGCCAUAUGGUGAUAUUUAUGGUGCAUUUGGAGAUAAUCAGUUUCGCUUCACUUUGCUUUGUCACGCAGCAUGUGAAGCACCAUUGGUUCUUCCACUGGGAGGGUUCACUUAUGGAGAGAAGUGCUUAUUUCUUGCUAAUGAUUGGCACGCUUCCCUGGUUCCUUUACUGUUAGCAGCCAAAUAUCGUCCUCAUGGUGUUUACAAGGAUGCUCGUAGUAUUGUCGCAAUACACAACAUUGCACAUCAGGGAGUGGAGCCUGCAGCAACCUACAAAAAUUUGGGAUUGCCUCCGGAAUGGUAUGGAGCACUUGAAUGGAUAUUUCCCAAUUGGGCAAGGGUGCAUGCACUUGACACUGGUGAAACAGUGAAUGUUUUGAAAGGGGCAAUUGCAGUUGCUGAUCGGAUACUGACAGUUAGCCAGGGGUACUCAUGGGAAAUAACAACUCCUGAAGGGGGAUAUGGGCUACAUGAGCUGUUGAGCAGUAGACAGUCAGUUCUUAAUGGAAUUACUAAUGGAAUAGAUAUUAAUGAUUGGAACCCGUUGACAGAUGAGCAUAUUGCUUCUCAUUACUCCAUCAAUGACCUCUCCGGAAAGGUUCAGUGCAAGACUGCUCUGCAAAAGGAACUGGGCCUUCCAAUUCGACCUGAUUGUCCGCUGAUUGGAUUUAUUGGAAGGCUGGACUACCAGAAAGGUGUCGACAUAAUCCUGUCAGCAAUUCCAGAACUUAUGCAGGAUGAUGUCCAAUUUGUAAUGCUUGGAUCUGGUGAGAAACAAUAUGAAGACUGGAUGAGACAUACCGAAAAUCUUUUUAAAGACAAAUUUCGUGCUUGGGUUGGAUUUAAUGUUCCAGUUUCUCAUAGGAUAACAGCAGGAUGCGACAUACUUCUGAUGCCUUCAAGAUUCGAACCAUGUGGCUUAAAUCAAUUGUAUGCAAUGAGAUAUGGAACCAUACCUGUUGUUCAUAGCACCGGGGGCCUAAGAGACACAGUGAAGGAUUUCCAUCCAUAUGCUCAAGAAGGAAACGGUGAUGGUACCGGGUGGACAUUUUCUCCUCUAUCGAGUGAAAAGUUGCUUGAUACAUUGAAGGUGGCGAUUGGGACUUGCACAGAACAUAAGUCAUCUUGGGAGGGGUUGAUGAAGAGAGGUAUGGAAAGGGACUAUUCCUGGGAAAAUGCAGCCAUUCAAUACGAGCAAGUUUUCGCUUGGGCCUUUAUGGAUCCUCCAUAUGCCAGAUGAUUUAUCAAGAAAGAAAGCUAACGGGAUAUAUCACUAAGCUAUACGCGGAGCUGUUGGUGCUAUCAGCUAACGCCAUUAGGUGCCCACUGUUUGUGAUUCUUUCUGACUUUAGAGAAAUCAAGUUAGUUCCAAAGACAUGUAAGCUUAUAUGUGAGGGAGAAAAAAAGGACACUUAGAAACCAAGAGGAGUGGAAACAUGUAAAAAGAAUUUUUGAGUUUUUAAGGCCAAAUGAUCAAAUAUUUGUUCUCAUUUUAUUAAAGAUCUCAUGCAGUAUCUAAAA